AUGCCAAUAACUCUACAAGGAGUACGUCAGUACUUAAGUGAACUGCGAAAUUCAGGGGGCUUACACAAAGACCAAGCAGAAAAGUACCGAAAUGUUCUGCUGGAAAUACUUCAAAACCCGGCGGAUUUGGCUGACUCUCUAAAAGCAUUUGUGGAAUCUAUUGUUAAUGAGAAUGUGAGCUUGGUUAUAUCUCGUCAGUUGCUGACUGAUGUUAGCACUCACUUAGCAUUGCUGCCAGAUGAUGUAUCAAGAGAGGUGUCCCAUUUUGCUUUGGAUGUUAUACAACCAAGAGUUAUUUCAUUCGAAGAGCAGGUUGCAAGUAUAAGACAGCAUCUUGCGGAUAUUUAUGAAAGGCAUCAAAACUGGAAAGAAGCUGCAAAUGUGCUUGUUGGAAUUCCUCUUGAAACUGGGCAAAAACAGUACUCAGUUGACUACAAGUUAGAGACAUACUUGAAGAUUGCUAGGCUCUACCUUGAAGUUGAUGAUCCUGUUCAAGCUGAAGCAUUUGUUAAUAGAGCUUCUUUACUGCAAGCAGAGACCACAAAUGAACAACUACAAAUAUACUACAAAGUGUGCUAUGCCAGAGUAUUGGAUUAUAGGAGAAAGUUCAUUGAAGCUGCGCAGCGAUACAACGAACUUUCGUACCGCAAUAUAAUUCAUGAGGACGAAAGGAUGACCUGUUUGAGAAAUGCCCUAAUCUGCACUGUGUUAGCAUCUGCAGGCCAACAACGUUCAAGAAUGUUGGCAACACUCUUUAAGGACGAACGCUGUCAACAACUACCUGCAUACUCAAUCUUAGAGAAGAUGUACCUGGACCGCAUCAUUCGUCGCUCAGAGUUACACGAGUUUGAAGCUCUAAUGCAAACUCAUCAGAAGGCCACAAUGCCGGACGGCUCCACAAUAUUGGACCGGGCGGUGUUCGAGCACAACUUACUGUCAGCCAGUAAGCUAUACAACAACAUAACUUUCGAGGAGUUGGGCGCGCUUCUGGAGACGCCGCCCGCGAAGGCCGAGAGGAUCGCCAGCCACAUGAUCAGCGAGGGCCGCAUGAAUGGCUACAUCGAUCAGAUCAGCUCCGUCGUGCACUUCGAGACUCGUGAAAUAUUGCCGCAGUGGGAUAAACAGAUCCAGAGUCUGUGUUAUCAAGUGAAUAGCUUGAUUGAAAAAAUCGCCGCCGCGGAACCCGAAUGGAUGGCCAAAGUCAUGGAAGAGGAAAUGAUUCAG